UGUUGUUGUUGUAUUGCAUUGUUUAUUGUUGUGUCUUAGUUCUUUUUGGUUUUUGUUCAAGUGUUAAAGAAAUCGAAAAUUUUUACCAUGGCGGUCGAUGCUAGCAUCUGGAAACUGUCAAAAUUGUGCCCCUCUUCUUCAGACACAGAGUUUACCGCUGAUGCAAAUUUGUUUCGCCAGACCAUGGCAGUGCCUAGCGUUACGAAUCAGGCAUCGUGGUUUGAACGUGAUCCAAGCACGAAGCGUACCGUAUUCUUCAAUGCUGAGGAUCGAGCCUCGAACAAGAGAGCGUCCUCCAUGUUCUAUCGUCCGUCCCGCUUUACGAUUGGAAUAGGUCAGGGAAGCACCCUGUUUGAGCCCAGAGCGAAGAGCGUUCGCGGAACACUCUCUGUUAAAGCCGACUUUAGCAACUUUGACUCUAAUUCGAAAUUCAAGAUGUACCGACACCGUCACCCUGCAGAUGCAAAACAUGUAACGCACUACGAUAUAUCAGCAGUUCAUGAGAAAAAGAGAGUCAUGCAUCAUUACUUGGAGGCCGAACCAAGCUAUACGCGCUUCAAAGUCCCUUUUCAGAUAGCAUGUGCGGAGCGCUAUAAGAAAAACAUCAAGAAAUACAAUCAGCAGUUUAGGCGGGAAAUCGCCAAAUUGGUCGAUAAUCAAUCUUCAGCUCGGGAUGCGACCUAUUUCGUGCGUAUGGUGUCGUACACUACCCUAUGGCCCCCAUAUCAUAAUGAGAGAGAACUGUAUGAUACAAGCUGCAAUUUCUAUAGGUUGACUCCUGCGGAGAGCUCACGACUGCAAUACAUCAUGUCAACAGAUUUUUCAUAUAUUUGAAAAAAAAAA